AUGAGACCAUGUGAUGUAGAUAUUGAAGUGUAUCAAAAGAAAUGGAUGGAAUAUGAAUGGGAAAAUAAAAUUCCUGUUGACACUGAAUGUACUGAUUUAAAAGAAUAUGCAGACUUAUUAUGUUCAAUUGCUAAAUUACAAUGUAUCACACCAGCAAUCAUGUUUUGUGAUAGCAUUGGAUUUUUAUCUGCUAACUUCUACGCAAAGAAUUUGUUUGAUGAAGAUGCAUUAAUCAACUUAUCUGCAGAGAAAAUAGGAAAUAAAAUCAGUGGAUGGGUUAGAAUCAGAAGUAAAACUCAAUCAUUAGCAAUUAACUUAGGAGACCGCAUUGUUGCUAACCAAAAAAGGGUUAGUCCAAAAUAA